CCGAAGACAGGAAGUCGAAUUAUCAGCUGAUCCUGCUGGCUGUUGUUGAUACCUGAAGUUGCCGUUGUUUGGACGCCGCGUCGCUCUUAUCAGCUCCUGACAGUGAAGACGCGUUAAAUCCGAGAAAGGGACACGGUGGGCAAUUGCCGGCCGACGAGCUUAUGAGUGACACAGGAAGCGUCUCCUCGCGAGUACGUGGGAAUUUGCGCACGAGCGACAGAAGAGCUAGCUCUCGAGCUUGAAGCUUCGCUGAAACGAAGAAAGAAAAACAGCAGAGACAGCCGACGGCUCGGCGUGCUUUCUUUGUUUAUGUCGUGCCAGUUUGAACCGUGAUAUUAAUUCUUUUUGUCUUGAAUUUUAAUUAUUUUUUUCUGCAUUUACGUUAUUUAUAUUUAUACUUCAUUACCAGUAAGCGAACGGGGCAGCUAGCUCGUCCGCUAAUGUUAGCCCAUAGCGCAAAGAAAAAACAGUCUUGUUGACAAGAUUUGAUGCUUUCGUAACCGCCCAGCUGUGACAGAUAAUAAACAUAACGGGCGGAAACAGCUGAGUUUGAAAGUUAUUUUUGUGCCUGUCUAUUUGUUUUUGGGGUGUUUUUACCUGUCUGCCACUGGAUCGAGUGCUCUGUCAGAAACAGCACCGCAGAAGUUGAUGCUUAGUUAUUGAAUUGAUGCCUGUUGGAGACAUUUGUGGCUGUUGGGCAAGUUUCUGAUUGAACUCAGUGGAUUAAUUUUUUAAUCCUCAUUGAUUUUUUUUAACUGUACAAACAAGCAGCCAGCCAGUUAAUAGCUGCUGGCCUUGUGUGUUUUUUUUUUUAGGCUUACUGAACGUUGCGUAAUUUGUAUAUAGUUGAGCUGCCAGCCAAUGUUGGGCAACUUAUUAAACUGUAAUUUAAAACUUGUGUGUCUGACUAAGUUUUAGGUAAGUUUGCGCUUCGUAUGUCAUUUUAAGACUCGUUUAAUUUAUCUCCUUUGGUACCGUUUUAAUGUCAAGGACGUAUGACAUGAGAUAAAAAGGACAGUUUUACUGUAACGCACAGAUUGAGUAGCUGUUCUGUUACUCAUGAAUUUAGUAGCUUUGGAGAAAUAAUUAUAUAGUUAUGAUUUAAAGUAGCUGUCUGAAAAUCCUGUGGGACAGUGCUGUGAUCAGCAGAGAGAGAGAGAGAGAGGGUCCCUCAGAGGGUCCCAUUGUGUCUUGAGGUGAGGUGAGCUGCCCCCCACUACUUGCCAAUGCUGGAUCUGGAGGUGGUGCCUGAGAGAUCACUAGGAAAUGAGCAAUGGGAAUUCGCCUUAGGGAUGCCAUUUUCCCAGGCCAUCUCUAUCCUUCAGAAACACUGCCGCAUCAUCAAAAAUGUCCAGGUGCUAUACAGUGAACAGACCCCACUCAGCCAUGACCUCAUACUGAACUUGACUCAGGAUGGGAUUAAACUACUGUUUGAUGCCACAAAUCAGAGACUCAAGGUGAUUGAAGUGUAUGACCUGAGCAAAGUCAAGUUGAAAUACUGUGGAGUCCAUUUCAACUCUCAGGCCAUUGCCCCCACAAUAGAGCAGAUAGACCAGUCAUUUGGAGCUACACACCCCGGAGUUUACAAUGCUGCAGAGCAGUUGUUCCAUCUCAACUUUCGAGGAUUGUCCUUCUCCUUUCAACUGGACUCAUGGAAUGAAGCUCCAAAAUAUGAGCCUAACUUUGCCAUGGGUUUGGCCUCCCUGCAGAUUCCACAUGGGGCAAUGGUCAAGAGGAUGCACAUCUACACUGGAAACAACCUGCAGGAAACAAGAGCUCCUGCAAUGCCAUUGGCUUGUUUCCUUGGUAACAUUUAUGCAGAGUGUGUGGAUGUCCUGAGAGAUCGUGCAGGCCCUCUAGGGCUCAGACUCCACCUUCUCACUGCAGGAUGUGGUCUUGGUGUGAUGGCUGAUAGUAAAAUCAAGUCCCUGGAGAGGAACAUCUACUUUGGAGAUUCCUGUCAGGAUGUACUGGGUGCUCUGGGCUCCCCACAUAAAGUCUUCUACAAAUCUGAGGACAAGAUGAAGAUCCACUCUCCAUCACCACAUAAGCAGGUUCCAUCUAAAUGUAACGACUACUUCUUCAACUAUUUUACCCUUGGAGUGGAUAUCCUGUUUGACUCAACAACUCACUUGGUUAAGAAGUUUGUCCUCCACACCAACUUCCCUGGACAUUACAACUUUAAUAUAUAUCAUCGAUGUGACUUUAAGAUUCCACUAGUCAUCAAAAAAGAAGGAGCUGAUUCUCAGACUGAGGACUGCAUCUUAACUACUUACAGCAAGUGGGAUCAAAUCCAAGAACUGCUUGGUCAUCCAAUGGAAAAACCUGUAGUACUACACAGGUCCUCAUCAGCCAAUAACACCAAUCCUUUCGGCUCUACUUUCUGCUUUGGACUGCAGAGGAUGAUCUUUGAGGUGAUGCAGAAUAACCACAUAGCAUCAGUAACCCUCUAUGGUGCUCCACGCACCGCCAGUCAAGCUCGGCCUGAGUCCAGCAGUAGUUCCCACUAAACAAGUAACCACAACCAGAGCCCGUUUUGGCCUGUCCUGAAUCCAGUACUUUAACAGACUGACUUUCUAAUCCAGAGCCAGAUUCUUAACCAAGCAGACCUAACCGAACAAAGUUACUGUUUCCCGGCUCCGAUGCUACACUUUGAACAGAGAAACAACUAAAAUCAGACAUGACAUAUACCAACUCUUCCUGUUGGAUACUAAGACUCAUUCUUCCAAUCGGGCACAUCCAGCUAGCACAGUAAACCCAGCUCAGACUAUACCAGGGCAUCCAAGAUCUAGUCACAUUGUCUCGGUGCUGGAGCAUCGAGCGUUUUAUCUUGGUUAGUCCAACGUUCCCAGUGGUGCUGCAAACUUACACAGUAAAAAAUUCUGCAUUGUGGUAGAGCUCAGCUGUUUCCUUUUUCCAUCUAACUGCUUUCACCCAGGACCACAGACAAAAAAGUUUAUCCAGGCUGUAAGCUGGCACCAGUUUAUUUAUCAGCAGCCUGUAUGUGACAAUAGCCCCCAUACCACUGUGGUGGUGAGACAGUUCAUGUUUGAAUUCAUCUGCUGCAAAUCUCGUGUCGUUUAACAUCAGCGUAAAUAAUAUCGCAGCUGGAAACUGCUGUGGCCAGAGUCUUGAAACAAACUAUAUUCACGUCAAACAACCACCUGCCAGCAAACCAGUACCGUCAGUCUUCCUGCCUCAGCUUCAGAACCAGACCCAAAACUUGGAUGCAUCCAAACUACAAAAACCAAACCAGUUCAGUCCAACCAAGAGCCAUCAGAGCCAAAACACAGUGAAAGCUGCAGAGGACUUUAACCAAAAACGGAGGAAAAACACGAGAAUCCCAAUUUUGGCAUACAAGAAAAGAACCGCUCACACUCGGGGUUUGUUUGGAGAUGUGCUCCUGAACAUAACCCUCCUGAUGACCCGCCCCCCCACUGAACCAGAUGUGAAGCCUUUUGAAACAGAACAGUUCAAAUAAUCCCCCCCACCCCCACCCCCUUUUCUUCUUCUUCCUUCAACUUUGUUCAGUGGUGCCCACUGACACACACACACACACAAGCACACUUAACCGCAAAAAACACUUUGAAGCUCGGCUCUGGGCGUUGGCAUGUCCGUCCCCCUGCUCACACACACACACUGACGGAAAUGAGCGUCUGCAUGUGCAGGGAUGCUGAUUAAUUUUUAAAAGUUUUUUUUUUAAAUGGCAUUUCAACUGAUAAGUUAAGCUUGCACAAACACACACAGAGCAUUUCAGUCCUUUCACUACUAAGCUCAUGUAUUUCUAAUACAUGAAAUCUGGUUUAUCGUUUUUAUCCUUUUUAAGCGCGAAACAGACCGACAUGCAGGCAUGACACAAGAAUUUGCAUGGACUUUGCAGAUGUUUCUUCAACAAGAGGAAACUUACUACAAGCACAAACUGACAGCUUGUUCUGUUUGCUGAUUGAUUAUAUCUUCUUGCAUGUUGUGAGGGGUGUAGACUUGGGAUACAGUUUGUUCAUUUUCCCUUUCACUCAUUCACACCAUGACCAUUUUCAUUGUGUACUGUUUUUUUUUUGUUUGUUUUUGUUUUUUUUUUUAAAUCCAUUUUUUCAUUUGCACUAAUUACACACCUUUUUACUUGACUGUUUGAUUGUGCCCUAUCCUCAGAGGUGGGUUUUUUGCAGACAUUUAAUGAGAUAGGGGUGUGUGCGUGUGUGUGCGUAUGUUUGGACAGAAGAGGCCCUUAAAUGGCGCAUGGUGUUUGCAGUUAUGUCUUCUUUGUUGCUCUUUUUUCCAUCUUCCCUCUGCCCUUCCUACACCUGAUCGACUUAUUGCAAUUCACCCCCCCCCCCCCCCCCCCCCCCUGCAAAAUCUGCAUUUAUUUCUUUGUUGAAUUGCCAAAUGCUGUAGCCAAAGACGUUUCAGGAUGUUUUCAUGUGAUUUGCUGACAUUAUCACUGUGUUAUCGCUCAUCUAAACAUGUCAUACAGGAGAGAGAGUCGGGCGAUGGCCGUCUGUGUUCUUUUUAGUCUUCUUUCUAGCUUGCACAUGGUAGUCGUUGCUGUAGUGAAGCCUCUAAAUUCAGCUUCUGGUUUCUGGAACAGCUGACGGUAAUUACACAACAUGAAUAGCUGACUCUGAAACAUCUGUUGUCUGGAUUUGGUUACACAAAUUUGCAGUAGUGUGAGCAUCUUGUCUAAGUGUUGGAGUGGCUGUUGUCGUCACUGAGCUGCAAUUUAAAGAAUUUCCAUUAAUUCUCUGAUUUAAUUCAUUUAAACCCAUUUUGGAAAUGUGGAAAGGAAAAGUCAUUCCGUUAUCAUGUGACAUGUAGUUUCACAUCUUCCUCCCAAUUUAUAAAAAUUGAUAAAGUGUGUAUUCAUUUUAAUACACUUUCUCUUUUUUAUUGUUCUUCAGUAAAAAUGAUAAUUUGUUUUAUUUUCUCACUAUUGCUGAAUUUGUGAUUGCUGACUAAAUUGGUUAUUAGCAGAAUAUGUUAGCCUGUGAUCAGCACGAUCCAACAGGGACAAACAUACUAACUGGACUUUAAUAAGCAAAAAAAUACCAAUACUGAAGUGUUUUCAGUAUAAAAUUAGAAGGAAACUAAUUGAUUUUAAGUGUCUAUAUUUCUGAUUCCGUAUGAUUCCUAAGCAUUUACAAUUUUUAUGUAUUCAGACCCUUAUGCUUAAUGUUGAUGUAUGAAUUCUGUAUAUAAAUGUGUGCUCUUAUUCUGCUGUUCUCUUAUUUACAGUGUUAGUGGCUUGGCACCUCAAUUCCUCAUUGAUAAUUUUUAGAUUAAUGCUCAGGAGGAGUCAUCUGCUCACAGCUCACUCAUUAUUGUUUUUUUUUUUUUUUAAUUCCAGACCGCUCAGUAUUGAAAUCUUUGCACGUGCAAUGCUAACACUGCAAGUAUACUGACAUGUCGGAAGUUAGCAGAUAGAUUUUUGUUUUGUUUUUAAAUAAAUACAAUGGACAAAAAUGGA